AUGGGCAAUUCUUUUCUGAUUGCAGAUACAAGUUCUCUAGUUAUCGGUCUUUUGUUAAUCCUGAACGGAGUGUUUAUCUCUGCGGCAAAACACUAUGGCUUGAACAAGAUUCACAUUGUACACUUGGGAGCAAAGCAACACGAUACCCCUGAGCUGGUUACUAAGUCACAUUACCAAAUUCUUGAACCACUUCUUGGAAGCAAAGAAGCAGCCAAGAAUUCUUUAGUAUACAAUUACAAGCAUGGCUUUUCCGGCUUUGCAGCAAAACUUACCGCCUCUCAAGCAAAGAAUCUUUCAGCGCAUCCCGAGGUUCUUCGUGUUGUACCAAGUCGAGUAAUGAGGUUGAAAACAACAAGAACAUUUGAUUACUUGGGACUUUUGCCUACUUCUCCAAAAAGUCUUCUACAUAAAACCAAGAUGGGAAGUGAAGCUAUUAUUGGGGUCAUAGACUCAGGGAUAUGGCCAGAGUCACAGUCAUUCAAUGACACAGGUCUAGGACCGAUCCCGAAGCGUUGGAAGGGAAAAUGUUUGUCUGGAAAUGGAUUUGACGCCAAAAAACAUUGCAACAAAAAACUUAUAGGGGCCGAGUACUUGACCGUAGGUCUUAUGGAAAUGACGGAUGGGAUAUAUGACUAUCCUUCACUAGGUGAGUCUAUGUCCCCUAGAGAUCAUGUAGGCCAUGGGACACACGUGGCUGCAAUUGCUGCUGGUUCUUUUGUGGCUAAUGCAAACUAUAAAGGACUAGCUGGAGGAACCGCUAGAGGCGCGGCUCCUCAUGCACGUAUAGCUAUGUACAAGGUAUGUUGGAGGGAAGUUGGAUGUAUAACAGCUGAUCUACUCAAAGCAAUUGAUCAUAGUAUACGCGAUGGUGUUGAUGUUAUAUCCAUUUCAAUUGGUACUGACGCGCCAGCAAGUUUUGAUAUUGAUCAAAGUGACAUUGGUUUUGGUUCAUUCCACGCCGUGAUGAAAGGCAUUCCCGUUGUUGCUUCUGCUGGAAACGAAGGACCUAACGCUCAAACCGUCGAUAAUGUUGCUCCAUGGAUCAUAACCGUCGCCGCUACAUCCCUAGACCGUUCUUUCCCGAUACCGAUAACUCUUGGAAACAAUCUAACUAUUCUCGGUGAAGGUUUAAACACAUUCCCAGAAGUUGGAUUUACUAAUCUUAUAUUAUCAGAUGAAAUGUUGAGCAGAUCUAUCGAACAGGGGAAAACUCAAGGGACCAUUGUCCUUGCGUUUACGGCAAACGAUGAGAUGAUAAGAAAGGCGAAUAGCAUAACCAAUGCUGGAUGUGCUGGUAUAAUCUAUGCACAAUCUGUGAUUGAUCCUACGGUUUGUAGUAGCGUUGAUGUUCCUUGCGCCGUGGUAGAUUAUGAAUAUGGAACCGACAUCUUAUACUACAUGCAGACCACAGUAGUGCCUAAAGCAAAACUAAGCCCUUCCAAGACACUCAUUGGCCGACCUAUUGCUUCUAGAGUGCCUCGUUUCUCUUGUAGAGGACCUAAUUCAGUUUCACCAGCAAUUCUUAAGCCAGACAUAGCAGCACCGGGUGUUAAUGUUCUUUCUGCAGUAUCUGGUGUGUAUAAGUUCAUGUCGGGAACAUCAAUGGCGACUCCUGCUGUGUCGGGAAUCGUUGGAUUACUAAGACAAACACACCCUCACUGGUCUCCAGCUGCAAUCCGAUCCGCUCUUGUCACAACAGCAUGGAAGACCGAUCCAUCUGGAGAGCCAAUAUUUUCAGAGGGAUCAACACGUAAACUUGCUGACCCAUUUGACUAUGGAGGUGGUUUGAUCAACCCAGAGAAAGUAACACACCCGGGCCUCAUCUACGACAUGGGUAUCGAUGACUAUCUUCAUUACCUUUGUUCUGCCGAAUACGAUGAUGAUUCCAUUUCAAAACUACUUGGUAAAACUUACAAUUGCACUUCGCCAAAGCCAUCGAUGCUCGACUUCAACUUGCCUUCCAUUACAAUCCCAAGUCUCACUGGAGAGGUCACUGUGACAAGAACCGUGAGAAAUGUUGGACCGGCCCGUUCAGUCUACAGACCAGUGAUUGAGUCUCCUCUUGGUAUCGAGCUUGAUGUGAAACCGAAGACUCUUGUGUUUGGUUCCAACAUAACAAAGAUUACUUUUAGUGUGAGAGUGAAAUCGAGUCAUAGAGUUAACACUGAUUUUUAUUUUGGGAGCUUGUGUUGGACCGAUGGAGUUCAUAAUGUCACUAUUCCUGUUUCCGUGAGAACAAAGUUCAUGAGGAACUAUGUUUGA